CAAAGCAUCUGGAUUUUCACUCCCUCACUGAAGCCUCCGUCACCGCGACCGCAUUGCUCGCCCGUGGCACCCCAACGUCCGGCACAAGUCAAUGUCAUGGUGAAGAAGGGAAAAGGCAAGGCUGAGCAGCCUGCCGCUGGUCUGGCCAACCCCGCCAAAGAUGCGGCCAAGGGCAAAAAAGGCCAAAAGGCCACGGCUAUCGAGCCCGCCGCCCCUGCUGAGCCGGCAGCACCGCCGCCGAAGCCGACGGUCAAGCAAAUCAUCGGAGGCUCGUCAUGGACGGGGAAGCUCCCAGUCAACUUGCUGAGCGAGUACUGCCAGAAGCAGCAAUGGGGGAAGCCCGAGUACGAUACGAGGAAGACGCCCGAAGGCUUCUCGGUCUGGGUCACACUGAGCGCCAAGGACCCCAAGACACAGCUGAUGACGAAGCUGGACCCUUUCAAGAUCCCACCGAGCCACAAGCAUCUGCUGCUCAGGGACACGGCGCUGGAGGCCAAGCAUGCGGCGGCCACGUAUGCGCUGUUCCGCGUGUGCAGCAUGCAGAACAAGCACACGGUGCUGCCGCCCGACUAUAAGUCGCUCUGGAAGGAGUUCCAGGCACUGAAAGCGCAGGACGUCAAGGAGGGCAAGGCGUGGAUGUACGAAGCCGAUCCCUUCAAGGCACUUCAGGAACGACAGGAUGCCAAGGCUGCUGCCGAAAAGAAGAGAAAGGAGGCCGAGGCAGCCAAGGCCAAGGCGAAGGAGAUGCACGGCGCGGCGGGCCUCGUGCUGCUGAGCGGUGCCAACGGUGGUGCAGGGCCCAACCCGAUGAAGGGAUGGAUCACGGCGCCCAAGGUCGAGAUGGGCAGGAAGACGAGAGUGCAGCUCGAAGCUCUGCUGCGGCAGGGAAUCAAAUGGAACCCGCACGACGUGCGCAUGCCGCAGAGCCGAAAGGAUGCCGUGGUGGCGGAGCUGGCCAAGCUGGGAUUCCGCCGCAGCCACGUCGCGGAAGCCGUCGAGUACUGCAAGGACCGGGAGGAGACGCUGGAGUGGCUGCUGAUCCAUGUGCCCGAGGACGACCUGCCGCGGUGGGCGUUGCCAGAGAGCUACUCGGCCGGCAUCUCGGUUGGAGCCACCAACCUGAGGCGGGAGGGCAUCAUCAAGUCGCUCUCAGAGACGGGCUACUCCUUGGAGCUCUGCACGCGGCUCGUCGACGAGAACGGGGGCGACGAGGGCAAGGCAGCCGAGGCGUUGCAAAACAUCCUGCUCGCCGCAACCUCGGCGGAGCAGUCGUCUGACGACGCGGAUGACUUUCUCGACCUGGGCUCGCCUGAAGAGCAGUGGAAAGAGGAAGUUGAAAGCCUAGAGGCCAUGUAUGGCGAGAACUUCCGCCGCGAGGGCGACCAGGUCAUUCAGAUACGUCUGGAGUCUGUCCGAAACGCGCAGGAUCCGAAACAGGGCGAGGUGGAGGCCUUUCUCCAAGUCCGGAAGGCAUCUAGCUACCCAAAGCAUCUGAUCAUCGCCAUCAUAGCCAAGCUGCCGUCAUACAUCAAGCUGAGCGUCACGAAGAAGGCGCUGGCGUACAUGGAGGAGUCUUUGCAGGACGAACCGAUGAAGAUAUAUCUUGUCACGGACUGGGUACAGCAGAACAUUAACGCCAUAAUCGACAAUCCUGGCAAGCUUGUGGACAUCUCUGCCGUGUCGUCGGCCGCCUCCGAGAAUCACCCCAUACUGUCAGCAGCAUCAAAACAACGUUCCCGAAGGCCCCCGAGACAGAUUCAGUGGCGAACAGACAAUCAGAGCACGGAAAGGUGGCUCAAGAGACAAGAGAGUUCCGCUUGGAAGGGCAUGCUGGCGAAGCGGAAGACGCUGCCAGCUUGGCAGAUGCGAGAGCGCAUUAUUCAGACCGUCAUCGACAACCACGUUACCAUUAUCAGCGGAGAGACGGGAUCUGGAAAGUCCACGCAGUCAGUGCAAUUUAUCCUGGACGACCUGUACGGGCAAGGUCUCGGCGAAUGCGCCAACAUGAUUGUCACGCAGCCGCGCAGAAUCUCAGCGCUAGGCCUCGCGGACAGAGUGGCAGAAGAGCGGUGCUCCCGUGUGGGAGACGAAGUCGGAUACGCCAUCCGUGGAGAGUCACGACAGUCACGGGAUACGCGAAUCACAUUUGUCACAACCGGUGUGUUGCUGCGGCGUCUGCAGACGUCUGGCGGGCGUGUCGACGAUGUUGUGGCAGCGUUGGCGGACGUGAGCCACGUCAUCAUCGACGAGGUACACGAAAGGAGUUUAGACACGGACUUUCUGCUGAAUCUCAUCCGCGACGUGAUGAGGACGAAGAAGGACAUGCUAAAGCUCAUCCUCAUGUCGGCAACCCUAGAUGCGACCACUUUCAAGUACUACUUCGCCUCAGAGGGCUUGAAUGUGGGCACCGUCGAGAUUUCUGGUAGAACAUUCCCCGUCGACGAGUAUUACCUUGACGACGUGAUCCGGAUGACGGGCUUCAACGCCGAAGCCAACGACAAGGGGUUCAUCGGGGACGAGGCGAUGGGCAAGAUCAUCCAGAAGCUCGGGCACCGGAUCAACUACAACCUGCUGGCGGAGACGGUCAAGGCCAUCGACUACGAGCUCUCCUAUGAAAAGAAGACGGGCGGCAUCCUUAUCUUCCUGCCGGGCGUGGGCGAGAUCAACCACGCUUGCAACUACCUGCGGUCGAUAAACUCCCUACACGUUCUGCCUCUUCACGCGUCCUUGGAGACGCGAGAGCAGAAGAGGGUCUUUGCUAGCCCACCGCCGGGCAAACGCAAGAUCGUGGUCGCUACCAACGUCGCGGAGACGUCCAUCACCAUCGACGACAUUGUGGCUGUGAUUGACAGCGGCAAGGUCAAGGAGACUAGCUUCGACGCGCAAAACAACAUGCGGAGGCUCGAGGAGACGUGGGCCUCGCGGGCGGCGUGCAAGCAGAGACGUGGCCGCGCGGGUCGUGUGCAGGAGGGCCGAUGCUACAAGCUCUACACGCAAAACCUCGAGCAGCAGAUGGCCGAGCGGCCGGAGCCGGAGAUUCGAAGAGUGCCGCUGGAGCAGCUCUGCCUCUCGGUGCGCGCCAUGGGCAUGCGCGACGUGGCUUUGUUCCUGGGCCGAUCGCCCACGCCGCCGGCGGCGCUGGCUAUCGAGGGCGCCAUCAAGCUGUUGCAGCGCAUGGGCGCCAUGGACGGCGACGAGCUCACGGCCAUGGGCCAACAGCUUGCCAUGCUGCCGGCAGACCUGCGGUGCGGAAAGCUCAUGGUAUUCGGCGCCAUCUUUGGGUGCCUGGACGACUGCGUGACGAUUGCGGCCAUUCUGAGCGCCAGGAGCCCGUUUCUAUCGCCGCAGGAGAGGAGAGAGGAGGCGAGAAGCGCAAGGAUGACCUUUUUCAGCGGAGAUGGCGACCUCAUCACGGAUCUCGAGGCCUUCCACCAGUGGGACGGGCUGAUGCGAGACCGAAUCCCGCAACGGCAGGUCAGGUCGUGGUGCGAUGAGAACUUUCUCUCGUUCCAGACGCUGUCAGACAUUUCCAACACCAAGUCGCAGUUCUACACGGCGCUCUCGGAGAUUGGCAUCGCCACGCCGUGGAAGGCGGACGCGUCCUCGAGCGCGAGCCAGCGUGACCCGCUGCUGAUACGGGCCCUAAUCGCGUCGGCUUUUGCGCCGCAGAUUGCGAGGAUCCAGUACCCGGACAAGAAGUAUGCGAACUCCAUGUCGGGGGCGGUGGAGCUGGACCCGGAGGCGCGGUUGAUCAAGUACUUUAACCAGGAGAACGGACGCGUGUUUGUGCACCCCAGCAGCACGCUGUUUGGAAGCCAGGGCUUCUCGGGGAGCGCGGCGUACAUGUCGUACUUUAGCAUCAUCUCGACGAGCAAGAUUUUCAUCCGCGACCUGACGCCCUUCAACGCAUACACGCUGCUCAUGUUCUCAGGCGCCAUCGAGCUGGACACGCUUGGGCGCGGGCUGCUGGUAGACGGAUGGAUCCGGCUGCGAGGCUGGGCGCGCAUCGGCGUGCUGGUGGCCCGGCUGAGGGGCAUGGUGGACGACGUGAUCGCCAAGAAGGUGGAGAACCCGGGGCUCGACGUCGGCGAGGACAAGGUGAUUCGGAUGGUGAAGAGGCUGAUUGAGCUCAACGGCUUGGAUGCGUGAGGAGGAGAGCCUGUGCCGUGAGUGUGCGUGGUGGAGGUUAUCCGCCGAUGAUGUUGUUGUGUGCGGCAGGAGGGCCCUGGACGACAAUGCUAGAGUAAUGAGGAAAAAGACUUUGC